ACUGUAAAGAUGCUGAGGACCCUGCUGCUGAGUGUGCUGGCUGCUUUGGCCCUGGCUGAGCCCAAAUAUCUGGAGGAUCUGGCCCUCGAGGAGAGAGUUAUUGGUGGAGAUGUGGUAAAACCCAACUCCUGGCCCUGGCAGAUCUCUCUCCAGUAUACGAAUGGUGGCUCCUACUAUCUUCACUUUGGUGGGUCUCUUAUCAGACCAGGAUGGGUGAUGACGGCAGCACACUGCGUUGACAGCUCAAGAAAUUGGCGUGUUGUCCUGGGUGAACACAACAUCACCAUCCACGAGGGUCCCGAGCAGUACAUGAGUGUCAGCGAUGUCUACAUCCACCCCAACUGGGACAGCAACAGUUUGUCUUCUGGAUAUGAUAUUGCUCUUCUUCAUCUGUCCACUGAUGCCACUCUGAACAAAUAUGUACAGCUGGCCACCCUGCCACCCUCUGGACAGGUUCUGCCCCACAACAACCCGUGUUACAUCACUGGCUGGGGACUCACAUCGAAUGGUGGGUCGAGCUCUGAUGUGCUGAUACAGGCCCCUCUGCCUGUGGUCAACUACAAUACCUGCUCUCGUAGCGACUGGUGGGGAAGCUAUGUGCAGGAAAACAUGAUUUGCGCUGGCAACAGCACCCAAGCUGGAUGUCAUGGUGACUCUGGUGGUCCUCUGAACUGUCUGGUCAGCGGUAAGUACGUCGUACAUGGUGUGACCAGCUUCGGGUCAGGAGCAGGUUGUAGUACCUACAAGAAGCCAACAGUCUUCACUCGAGUGUCUGCCUACAUCGACUGGAUUAAUGACAUCAUUGGAUAAACAGAAAAAAACAUCUUCCAUUUACAUCUGCAAUGUGCAAAAGUACAAGAGACUACGCAUCUGUUCUCUGACCGCUUUUGAAUCAUUUAAUCUAGU